AUGGACUCCGACUGGGUCGAUCUGACCAAGAUCAGGCAAUGGAAGUCUGAUUGUCUAGCCUCACAUGGAAGCAGAUGCGACAACCCCAUGAAAAUCUGGAAGACUACACCAACGUGGCUUGUGGAUGUCGAGUUGGAAUGUGUAGUUCCCGGAAAAGAUCAAGUCAAUUUCGUGGCAUUGAGUUACACAUACGGAGGUCACGUCGGUCUCAAGAUGGAUGCUGAGCUUAGUACAAGGCUUCGAGAGCCUCAUGCUUUCCGCAGCCCAAAUAUAACAUCGCGGAUUCCUCCCACGCUCGUCCAUGCUAUGUUUGUAACGAAACAACUGAACGAACGAUAUCUGUGGACGGACGCCCUGUGUAUAGGUCACGAUAACCCUGCGGAAACUGUGCGUCAGCUUACAAUGAUGGGCUCAAUCUAUGCCAGUGCUACACUGACCAUCGUCGCUACUGAUGGAGAUGCUAGAGACGGUAUACUCGGCCUAAAUGGUAUAUCUAAAUCCAGAGAAUUGAAACAGCAAGUCUUACCAUUUGGGUCGCGCAAUAUCAUCGUUCGCAGCACCGGAUUAUUUUCUCUUGUCCACGGAAAUACCCCAUACUUUUUGCGGGGAUGGACUUACCAAGAACGCAAGCUAGCGACGAGAAAGCUAUUUUUUCUAAACAAGUCAGCACACUGGGAGUGUGAGCACCAACAGUCUCACGAAGAUUCCAUAUUAGGUGCGGAGAUAGAAACGUACAUCGAGCCACGACUCAUGGAAAGCCUUGACGGCUUUCCAGAACUCGGCUCGCUCGGAAACAUUAUUGGCGACUACAAUGAAAAAGAUCUUCGGUACCCAGAAGAUGCGCUACCAGGGAUUGCUGGUAUGUUAGCUGUGUUGAGUCGUUCUUUUGAGGGCGGCUUUAUUUUCGGGAUUCCAGAAAUGUUCUUCCAUCGAGCGCUUGCAUGGACCCCGUUCUGGCGGCAUACGGAACUUGAGCUUCGAAAGCUAUCUGACAGACCAAGACAAGAUCAACUACCAGGAGGCCAAUUACCAUCGUGGUCAUGGGUUGGAUGGAAAGGAUUAGUGAACCUUGGCGAAGAAGCAAGUAGAAUAAACGACAGAUGUAGAACUAUCGAAGAGACCUAUCCUAUGGUCGAGUGGUACACUGCUUCGUCGCCUACGUUGAGCGGGUCAAAACGUCGGCGCAUCCACUCCAAUUGGUACGAACACCGCGAAGAAUGGAAAACUGGAGCCAUAAAGCUACCCGGUUGGACAGCGGUAGAAAUGGAGAGCGAAGAAGGUACAUUCAGAGGAGAGCCACGCAUCUUCCCAGCCAGAUGUGGAGGCCUUGUGUAUCGCCAUCAAAGUAAGAUGCACAACAAAGACGACUGGUACUUUCCGUUUCCGGUCCCAGAAAUCUCAAGCGCAACAGAGGCUUCGGUGCCUGAACAAACACCGUACUUGUUCAGUCGAACACAGCGCAGUUUUGUUCUUGGACAAAGGAUUGGUUGCGCCAGGGACGACAUAGAUGAUGGCAGGAUUAAAAUUAUCGCUCUCUGUGAUUGUUCGAGUGGAAACUCAGUUGGUACACUUCAUCUGCAUUCUAGAGAGCAGCUGAAACUGUUUCCUUUUGCAAAGAUCAAACCUUCAUCGGGCCACGACGCCCUUCAUGAUCUGAUCGAUGUGAACACGAUCAUGAAAGAAAAGCGGAAUAUGGACUUCGUUGUAGACACAACGGAUAAAAGUCUGCCCAAGAUAGAAAUCGUCGCUGUGAGUAUGACUCGCGUUAACAGCAAAACUUGGAAUCAAGAAGCUCUACGCGCCGAAAAGCCGUUCCGCGUCAACGAGGUAGUCAACGUCCUUUGGAUAGAAUGGGAAAACAAUAUCGCCUAUCGAAGGGCUGCUGGCUAUGUUGGAAAACAGGACUGGCAACAGCUUGAACGUGAAGACGUUGAUCUAGUCCUCGGCUAA